UCCUUCGGCCUGUAGUGGCGUGUUUGCCUGGAAAGACUACUACAGUGCUUCAAGGGGGACAUUAAACUCGCGGAAUCACUCCCACCGGCGCCAGAAGUCACGGAGCCGAACUACCACAGAUCAGCCGCCCACCAUGCCCCCACGACGCGGUGCGCAGCAGAGCGCAGACACAAUCCGGAUACUGGUCGCCACAGAUAGCCAUGUCGGAUAUAACGAACGCGAUGCAGAGCGAAAGGACGACAGUUGGAGGACAUUCCACGAAGUCAUGUGCCUAGCGAAAGAGCACGAUGUGGACAUGGUACUGCAUGCGGGAGACCUUUUUCACGAGAACAAGCCGUCGAGGAAGUCCAUGUACCAUGUCAUGAAAUCACUGCGUCAGAACUGUCUCGGCGAGAAGCCAUGCGAACUGGAGAUGCUGAGCGAUGCGAGCGAGAACUUUGGAGGCAUGUUCGACCACGUCAACUACGAGGAUGAAGAUAUAAACAUUGCUAUACCCGUGUUUGCCAUUCAUGGUAAUCACGACGACCCGUCAGGCGAAGGCUCGUUCUCUCCUCUCGAUCUGUUGCAGGCGUCUGGCUUCGUCAACUAUUUUGGUCGCACACCGGAAGUCGAUAAGAUCGCAGUGAAGCCUGUGCUACUUCAAAAGGGCGGCACCAAACUCGCUCUCUAUGGUCUCAGCAACGUUCGUGAUGAGCGCUUGUUCCACACCUGGCGGGACGGUAAUGUCAAGUUCUUCCAACCUGGUAUGCAAAAGGACGAGUGGUUCAACCUCAUGAGCGUGCACCAAAAUCAUCAUGCACAUACGCCGACCAGCUAUCUUCCCGAGAACUUUCUACCAGAGUUUAUGGAUCUUGUUGUAUGGGGCCACGAGCACGAAUGUUUGAUUGACCCGCGAUACAACCCUGAGAUGGGCUUCCAUGUCAUGCAGCCCGGCUCCUCAGUGGCUACGUCAUUGAUGCCUGGAGAGGCGGUUCCCAAGCACGUUUGCAUUUUGAGCGUCACUGGCAAGGAGUUCACAACUGAGAACAUCCGCCUGAAAACGGUCAGACCCUUUAUCAUGAAAGAAAUUGUGCUUGCAGAAGAGAGGGAAAUUAAAGAAAAAGAGAUAUGGCGCGUCCGCGAUGUCAGCGAUAACCGUGCAAAGAUUACCCAAUACCUGAACCAGGUUAUCGAGGAGUUGAUCCAAGAAGCGAACAGGGAGUGGCUUGAACUUCAAGAAGACAGGGAAGAAGACGAUGACAUCGAACCGCCAAAACCGCUUGUCCGACUGCGUGUCGAGUACACAGCUCCAGGAGGGGGCGAAUUUCAUUGCGAGAAUCCGCAGCGUAUUUCGAAUCGCUUCAUGGGUAAGGUAGCCAACAUCAACGAUAUUGUACAGUUUCACCGGAAAAAGAAACCAGCGAACCGUGCAUUGAAGAGCACGGCUGAAGAGCCAGACGAGGACAUCCUGGCUGAGCUUUCGAUUGACUCAGUCAAGGUCGACAAGCUGGUUAAAGAAUUCCUCACAGCUCAAACCCUGACAAUCUUGCCGCAGAAUUCCUUUGGAGAUGCAGUGUCCCAGUUUGUGGACAAGGACGACAAGCAUGCCAUGGAAACCUUCGUCGGAGACAGCCUCAAAAAUCAGCUCAAGCACCUCAUGGCCGCCAACGAAAUCGAAGAAGAAGAGAUUACCAAGGAGAUGGCGGAAUAUCGCGAACAACUGGAGGAUCUGUUCGCUUCAGGACAGUUGAAGAAGACACGGAGGUCAAAGGUCAAACCUAAGCCAGCUGGAUGGGACAGUGACUUCGACGGGUCUUGGGCUGAUCAGCCUGCUGCCCUCGUCCGUUCUGACAAUGAAGGCGAGAAAGACGAUGACGAGAGCUUGGCUUCCAUAACCACGAAGAAAGCUGCUCCACGCGGUCGCGGCAAAGCAGCUGGCACAAGUCGUGCAACUGCCGCUGCUGCCAAAAAGGCCGCACCUAAGAAGGCUGCGCCAGUAGCCAGAGCUACAGGCGGCCGAGGCAAGAAAAAGGCUGUUGUCGAAGAAGAGGAAUCUGAUAACGACGAAGACGUGAUCAUGAUCGACGAUGACGACGAUGAAGAAGUUCCAGAAGAAGAUGAUGAAGAUAGCGCGGAAGACCUUUUCGUUGCCUCGCAGAAGAAACCUCCUGCAAGGAAGGCCGCUGCGAGGACGACAACCAAACCCCUGGCGAAGUCCAAGUCGCCGGCUAAGAAGACGACGACUACGAGGGCCAAGGCGGGACCUGCGGCUACGCAGACAAAGUUGAACUUCUCGCAGACGCUUACGCAGCGUAGUCAGCCCACGCGGGCUGCGCCGUCGAGGGGAAAGAAGGCUGUGCAGGAGCCGAGUGAUGAUGAGAUUGAGUCUGAUGACGCCUUUGAGUCGGCGCCGCCGCCUAGUGCUAGACCCACGAGGAGGAGGUAAAGGUACAGAGGACGUCAGAAGUGUUCUGAACAUCGUAAUACAUGAGCAGGAGGCGCGAAGAGACAUAUAUGGUACAGCAUAUUCAGCAUGGAGCAUAGCGAGGGCGUCAAGGCGUUAAGAGGAAAACUAUGAUAGGACCCUGGAAGCCAGCGAGCUUUAUUACCCGAGUACGUGUGACCGUACUUUGUAUGCUCAUAUCCUAUAUUAGAGCUGUAUGCCCAGGCUUACGCAGCGUUCAUCUGCCUUCAGAAGAGUGUGUGCGUCGAGUUUUUCUACAUCUGCGGUUUCUCAAUGAGCCAGUAGGUGGCUCGCUCAUUCCUAGAUCUUAGUACUCGGGAGUUUCUUCUUGCAUCACAUAUGAGACUUUAUCGUCGCACCUGGAUGCCGGAGUAAAAGCCCGAGUAUUCGCUUAUCCAUGUCUUCAGUGUCGACUGCUCUUGCCUUCUCAAUCUCACCUAGCAGCCGCGCUUGUCCGCAUGUCCACUUCUAU